AUGUUGAAUUUAUUUCGAUUAAGUGCCGACUUAAUUCACUUACUUUCGAUUUUUAUUCUGCUUGCCAAAAUCAAGCAAAGCCGUUCCUGUGUUGGCAUUUCACUAAAAUCGCAAAUCUUAUAUUGUGUUGUAUUUUUAACACGUUAUGUGGAUGUCAUAUACGUCUUCCAUUCUAUUUACAAUACCUGCAUGAAGAUCUUCUUCAUCCUCUCCUCCAUCUACGUUAUCUACUUGAUGAAAUCAAAGUUCAAAGCAACCUAUGACCCUAACCUUGACACCUUCCGUAAUAGGUACUUGGUGUUGUUUGCAGCUAUUUUUUCUUUGAUCUUCUGUUACGACUAUACAGUUGUAGAGGUGCUAUGGUCUUUUUCAAUUUGGCUCGAAUCUGUAGCUAUUUUACCACAAUUAUUCAUGCUGCAACGAACCGGCGAAGCAGAAACAAUUACCGUACAUUAUAUUUUUGCUUUAGGUGCUUACCGUGCAUUCUAUUUACUCAACUGGAUUUACCGUUACAACUUUGAACCUAACUACACCAUAGAUUGGAUUGCAUCUACCGCUGGUUUACUGCAAACUAUUUUAUACAGCGAUUUCUUCUAUAUCUACUAUAUCAAGGUUGUCAAAGGACAAAAGUUUGAAUUGCCGAAGUAA